UUGAAAAUUAUUGCAAGAAUUUUAUUUUCCGCGCUAUCAGAUAAUGGUCUGGUAGGGAUUUCUUUAAAUUUAUUAAUCUGAUAUGGCAACUGCAAUCAAUCAUCCUCAAUUCAUUCACACUAUUCGUAAACAACAGCAGAUUUUUGUUUAAUUUUCCAAUUUCUGCUAAAUAAAUAAUAUUUAGAUGGACUAUAAUAUCCAUAAAAUCUGUAGAGUUUGUUUGGAGGAAGGUGCACUUACCUCCAUAUACAGCACUGAAUUUGCUAUGAUGCCGUGCACCAUGCUAAUGAUGUGUGCCAAGAUAAGGGUUUACAAAACUGAUGGCCUACCAGCAGUUAUAUGCAAUAAUUGUAUUUACCGAUUGGGAGUGGCGUAUCAUUUUAAACAAGAAUGUGAAAAUUCGGAUAUGAGACUGCGACAGUACUUGGGCUUACAAGAUCGAGGUUAUGGCGUUUGUGAUGCAGAAACAAAUACUGACCAACCAAUUGUUUCAAUGGAACAUAAAACCAACACAUAUCUGGAACAGGAUUCCGAGGAGGAUUCUGAUGCGGGCGAAAAUGUUAAGAAGAGUAAACGUCGCUCCCGUUAUCAACGUAAGCCCCCUGAAGAGCAUAAACGUCGUGGUCCGAAACCUUUGCCCAAACUACCACAAACUUGUUAUGAAUGCAAUAAAACAUUCAAAUGUUCCGCGCAAUUACAAAUGCAUCUACGUACACAUACGGGAGAGAAACCCUACGCUUGCAGUUAUUGUCCACGACGAUUUGCGCAGAAAUACAAUUUACAUAUCCAUCAGCGUACCCACACUGGCGAACGUCCAUUUCAAUGUGAGAUUUGUUCGAAACAAUUCUCUGCUUUGGGUAAUUUUCAAGCGCAUCAAAAGAUACAUACCGGUAUACGUGAUCAGCUGUGUCCAGUAUGUCAGAAGGCCUUCUACAGUGCAGGUGAUCUCACUAAGCAUAUGGUUACACAUACACAGUUGAAAAAUCAUCAUUGCGAUGUCUGUGGCAAGUCAUUUAGUCGCCAACGUGAUAUGCAGGCACAUAAACGCAAACAGCACACAUUGCCGGAGCGUAGCGAAGACGAUGAGGAUGAAGCUGUUGAUACCACUUGCCCCGAUCCGGUGGUGGUUGUGGGUACUGUCGUGCCACAUGUGGCAUUGCCGGGUACAUCUUCUGUGCUACAUGAAAGCUUCAAAUGUCCUGAUUGCGACAAGGAAUUCGGUUCGGCGAGUAGCUUAAGUGUGCACUUUCGCGCACAUGCUAACAGUAAUAUUUUGAAUUUACCAUUAACUGGUCAAAUGCCACAUCAUUAUCAUACAGCGGCACCACCGCCGCCACCCCCUCCACCGCCAACGCAAGCUAUUCUUACACAUGAUGGUCUACAUCCACACACACAUCAUUUGUCAUUGAAUACAUCAUUGCAACCUAACCAUCCCACUCAUAUGACACAUCAUCCGUCAAUGGCACAUAUGUUGGCAGCUGCACAGCCACCGCCGCCACCACCUACCGCAUCAACGGUACAAAGCGGUGCGGCGUUAAGUAUGAUGCAUGCAGCGCAGCGAUUGCAUCCUUUUUAAAAUGUGAUGAAAAUACUGUAAAAAAAACACAUGU